AUGAUGAAGAUAUUUCGCCAUUGAAGGUCGAAGCUUUGCAAGACGUUUUCACAGGUUUCCUAGUCUUCAAGGCUUGAGCUUACUCGGACCAACUCGUUGCUGAAGUCUCAAACUCAAUCGACCAAACCUGCGCUACACUACAGCCUGCCUCGCAGGGCCUAGCAUAAAGGCACGGUUGUCAACUUUGAACUCCGCGACCGGUCGACCUCAUACCAGCGUGCCUUGCGGAAAGAACUACAAACCAGUAGAUCUACACACGAUGACUGCAAUCAAGUUCUUUUCUUCAGCAUUCCUGUUUGCCGCUGUUGCGUUGGUGGUGACGUUGAGUUCGUGCUUUCCUGUGGCGAAUUCAGCCCCGGUGCCACCAGUGAAGUUCUACGUUAGUCCGAAGGGCGACGACAAGUGGUCCGGUCUCCUCCCAAAGCCCAACACGGCGCGCAGCGAUGGACCCGUGGCGACCGUACAGCAGGCAGCCUCUCUGAGCAGAGAUUACCCUGCUGAACCGGUCAUAGUCAUCAUCGAAGAAGGCACGUAUUACUUCGAAUCGACACUCGACAUGGACAGUUUGUAUAACAGGUCUGCUGAGGCUCCGCUGACAUUCAGCGGGUGUCCGAACACUUUACUUAGAUCCACCGUGGAUCCAGCCGAGUUUCCCGUCCUCUCCGGCGGCAUUAAACUGACCAACUAUCGAGAACUGGAUGAUGGCAACUACUACAUAACCGUUCCAGAGACUGUUAAACCGGACACACCGAUCACCCAACUCUUUGUGAAUGGACAGCGAGAGCCAGUGGCCAGGAAACCCAACACUGGUUAUCUUUACUGGAAGUCGCCUAUUGAGCCAUGCCACAAGAUCGAGGAUCUGUCCGUUGACUUGCCCAGUGAUUGGCGAUCCAUAGCCGGAUCACCAGGAUGUCCUGGCAUUGACAAGUACGGAUUUGUAUUUGAGCCCGGCGAUAUCAGUAAAGAGUGGACCAACCUGAAUGAGAGUUGGAUUAACGUGUUCGCCGCUUGGAGCGCCACAUGGCACCACAUCAAAUCUGUAGACUUCAAAACGAACACGGUGAAGUUCGUAGAGCCAUCCAACUACGCGGUGGGCACAUUCCCGGAGCCAUCUGGUCGACGAUAUUUCGUAGAGAAUGUCCUGGAGGAGCUGGAUGCCCCAGGGGAAUGGUACUACAAACGAAACGAAAGCUUUAUCCUCUACAAGCCGCGCAAGGCAGGGCCACAGACUUUGGACAUAAUACUUCCUGUACUCCACCAUGUCAUCUCACUAAGCGAUCUUCAGCAUGUGAACUUCGAGUGCCUCGCGGUUGAGCACGCCCUCGAAGGCUAUGAUAAGCGACAGGCGUAUCACACGACGGAAGGGGCAAUCACACUCUCUCGAUGCUCUGACAUUACGAUCAGCACAUGUGACGUCAAGCACACUGGGGUGAGCGGCAUUUUCAUCGGUCAGUCCAGCAGCAGAGUAACCGUUGACUCGUGCAGGACAGCUGACUGUGGAGGAGAUGGCAUUAGCAUGGACGAGAAGAGCACGGACAUCAUGAUCAGCAACAACAUUGUCAACACCACCGGCUUUAUCUACAUGAUGCAGCCGACGGGGAUCCGCGUGCAGGGACAGAGCAACAUCACUGUAGAGCACAACGAGGUGUGGAACGUGCCAUACGCAGCUAUCAUGAUUGGCUGGCAGGACGGCUACCCCUGGGUGGCACACGGCUCACCAGGUCACUACGUGUUCACUGCACAGCACAAUCACGUACACGACUACGGCCUCGGCAUUCUCAACGACUUUGGCGGCGUGUACGUGUCGGCCCAGGUCAGCUGCUGGCAGCUGCCGCCGAGUGAGACUCGCCCCUCGUGCAACAUGGCGACUCGUGUGGAGCAGAACAUAAUGCACGGUGCCGAGUGCUACCAGUACGGCGCCGACGGGUUCUACAGCGAUGAAGACGCGGCCGGCGUCGACGUCGUGUCCAAUCUGAUCUACGACGUGGCCUCGGCCGGCAUAUACUUCCACUGCGGCGUCAACCUGACAUCCGUGAACAACUUUGUGAUCAACGCCGACAUGAAUGGCCACCGGGGAGCGCUUUCCGGAUGCAACAUGGGUGGCUUUUCUAAGCCCGUCACCAUCGACUUCCAGUUCGAGCACAAUAUCUUGUACGUGCUCGGCAAGAAUAGCCAUCUGGUUUCGGAGUACACCAAGAUGGAGAAUUCCACCUUUGACGAUAAUAUCUACUUCAGCCCCGACGUAACACUGCAGUUUCCAAACAAGACGACGUUUGCACAAUGGCAAGCUAAUGGCAAAGACAAAUCAAGCAUAAUUGCAGACCCUCUCUUCUCCAACGUUCAGGAACGUGAUUUCCACCUUACAGCAAAGAGUCCAGCAGGGAAAAUGGGCAUCACUGCCAUCGACAUUGAGUCAGUAGGGCCUCACAAUAACCCAUUCACACGGUCACAUCUGGCAGAAUGGACUCCACUAGUACCGCUGCAGUCACGGAAGAGGAGACCUCAGAUUUAGCUUUAAAGACCUUAGACUAUAAUAUUAUAACUGUGCACCCUGGACAGUGGAAACCCAUUGCAAUAUAAACAUUGCAAAACCAUUAUCCGCAUAAUUCGAUCUUGGGCAAGGACAAAACUUAGAAGCGGAUACUCCGGCCAUUGGCCAUCAUCGAUGCUCUUCUCAAACAAUUUCAAACUUUACGUAGUCAUCAAAAUCAUGAAAUAAUAAUUGAAUGACUUCUAAUUGUUAACUAUACGUAUAGAUUAUAGACCGGUUAGGAGGUAUAUCCUGUAUAGACCAACUAUGAGGUCUAUAAUCUAUUUAUCGUGUUCUCCACGCAAUAGUUUCUCUCCAUAUACGACAUAUCCUUGUAAUUCUAGUAUUAUACUAUAGCCUAUACCGCAUUGUACGGCAGUGCAGGAUCAAGGUCAAUGUUUAAAUUAGGUUCAGCAUCGGUAGCACAGUGGCUCGGUGGUAAGGAAGAGUGACUGAGAUUCACAUGGUUGUGGGUUCGAAUCC